AUGAGCACCACUGCUAUGAUCAUCACCUCUAUGAGCAUCAACUCUAUGAGCAUCACCUCUAUGAUCCUCAACUCUAUGAGCAUCACCUAUAUGAGCAUCACUACUAUAAGCAUCACCUCUAUGAUCAUCACCUCUAUGAGCAUCACUACUAUAAGCAUCACCUCUAUGAGCAUCACCUCUAUGAGCAUCACCUCUAUGAGCAUCACCUAUGUGAUCAUCAACUCUAUGAGCAUCACCUCUAUGAGCAUCACUACUAUAAGCAUCACCUCUAUGAUCAUCACCUCUAUGAGCAUCACCUCUAUGAGCAUCACCUAUAUGAUCAUCAACUCUAUGAUCAUCACCUCUAUGAGAAUCACCUCUAUGAUUAAAGAACUAUGGGGUGCCUGUUGGAAACACACACAAGGUAGUGGGCACCUCUGUGGUAGGAUUGCGGACAAGUCACAGAACAAGAUGGACAAUGCCAACUUCUAUCAACCUUCCAUAAAGACACUUAGCUUUGGAGAUAUAACUUCAUUAAAGUUUCUUUAUUGUGUCUUAGUUUUAUUUGGGUACGUCCUAACUCACGUUUACAAUGGUGUGCUGAUCGCUACCAUCAUACUGAACAGAAGUCUACAUGAGCCAAUGUACAUUUUUAUAUCCCUAUUGUGUUUAAAUGAAAUCUACGGCAGUUGGUCCUUCUACCCCCCUCUCUUCAUAAACCUUCUUCAGAAAACAUACACACGCUGCCUGAUACAAGUAUUUUGCCUCCACACCUAUGUGUCAUUUGAGAUGACCAUACUGGCAGCUAUGGCCUAUGGCCGCUAUGUGUGCAUCUGUAACCCGCUGAGAAACACCAGCAUCGUGACCUUAUUGACUGAAUUCAAAGGGAUUGCUGGAGCUUAUCUGAAUCCUAUUAUAUUGUUUGGCACUCAGUUGAUUUUGACAGUCAGACUUUCAUUAUGUUCCUCAGAAAUCCUGAAGAUCUACUGUGACAAUUGGUCAGUGGUGAGGCUCUCUUGCAUUGACACAACAUUGAACAUUCUCUAUGGACUGUUUGUGACUACAACAUUGUUGGGGGUCAUGCCACCACUCUUUAUAUUUUAUACCUAUAUACAGAUUUUUAAGGUCUGUGUGAGGUCAUCAAAGGCAGUUAAAGACAAGCCCCUUCAGACCUGUACUCCGCACUUGAUAAGCAUUGUAGUUUAUGUAACUUAUACCCUCUUUGAGAUCCUAAUCUACCGAUUUGCUACGGCUAAGCCGCCCCAUGAACUGAGAGUCUAUACAUCUCUUGAGCUAUUAAGCUUUUAG